AUGUCUCCAGACGUGAUCAACAUCGCGAAGCUCUCCGAUGGCGGGUCAUCCGAACAUCAAAUCCAACACAGGAUCGACGUUUUGAAGAAGUGGAAUCUUCUUCCAGGCUCAAAAAUCCUUGAAAUUGGCUGCGGACAAGGAGAUUUCACCUUGGUGGCGGCCUACAUGGUGGGGGACCAGGGUCACGUCACAGCAAUUGACCCGGCACCAUUAGACUACGGCGCACCUAUGACCCUAGGACAAGCACAGGACAAACUAAAGCAGGGUCAGAUCGGCGACCGAAUGACAUUCUACCAAUCAAAUCUUCAAGAGUUCCUCGAUUCCAGCGCUUCGGAGCAAGUCUACGACUAUGCCAUAUUUGUGCAUUCAGUUUGGUACCUGCCAUCUGCCGACGCGUUGCAACCGAUGCUAGCAGCUCUCCAUGGAAGAACGAAGCACCUUCUCAUUGCGGAGUACUCCCUUGAUAUCUGCGGCGAUAUUGCUGCUCUCCCACAUUUGCUAGCGGCAAUCUCACAAGCCGAGUUCAACUCUAGAAGCAAUGCCUUGGACCAGGAUGAUAAUAUUCAGUCCAUUAUAUCCCCACAGAUUAUUUGUGCGCUAGCGCAAAAGGCAGGCUGGGAGCUACAGAAGGAAGAAGUUGUUGAGUCUGCUGAAGGACAAGAGGAUGCAAGAUGGGAGGUUCAUCGAGUCUUAUCUGAAGCAUAUAGUCUGAGAUCAGAGUCAACUGGUGAUGCUGCUCGCCAAGGCUUUGCGAAUGCGCUGAUUGAUGCCGUUGCACAGAGCGCGCGGGUACUUGGGCCAAGUCCAAAACUCCGGACAUUGCCUACGUGGCUGGGAAAAUGGGUGUGA